AUGGUCCUUCAAAUCAAAUUACCGUUGCCAUUACAUUAUGGUAACAGCGUAUAUAUACCUGAUCGGGUUGUGCACAAAAUUGCAAUAAAUUUACAUGAUUACAGGGAUCUCUACAACUUUAGUAUUGUCAAUAAACAAGUUUAUCAACUGAUAUCUACGGAUAGUUCUUUAUGGGUGCAAUAUCUCAAAACUCUCAGGGUGUGGGAGACUAGACCUCAAAAUACGCAGAUAGAGCUGAAAAAUGAUAAGAUAGCGAGUGGAUCGUUUACGUCUGGUGGGGAAAACUCUCUUUUAAGUUUAGAUGAUGAUUCAUCCAUGGAUCCACUGAACUGCUUCGAUACUAUAGUAUCAAGCGAGUUGCUCGCAAGACAACAUUUUCUCAAGAUAUAUUCAAUAAUGCAGCCAAUUGUAAUAUCUCUGUUGGUGAGGAACAAUAGGGAUGCCAGUGAGCUGGGAUUGUUCAAAAAGUAUAACACUCCAGAGUUGCAAACUAAACUUUUCAGCAAUGUUAUUAGAUUUUUGCAACUAUAUGAAGUAGCAGAUAGUCGUGACUAUGAUGCGAUUCUCCUCCGUUUGGACACAAUGUUAAAUCUUUUUGUCAAUACAGUCACAAGAGAGAUAGGCAUUCAAUUGGACAAAAGGAAUUUCAAAGCAGUGAAAGUGUUAAUAGCGGCUCUGGAUGCAUUGAAGGUGGAAAAUCAACAACUCACCGUGGAUCCACUGAAUUCACUAAGUGAAUUCUUUAUUUCAAGAUAUGCAGAUGGAUUUUCCAUAUGCACCGAUCCGAAAAUUGUUGAUAGCGUUUUUAAGGAGGCGGAUGAGGGUACGGAUGGAGCUGUUAAUGGUUAUAAGCUCAGCUUCGAUAUGUUGGAUAGUAUAUUCGAUCAAAAGAUUGCUUUGCUUAUGAAUGCGGACCUUCAAGAGAUUGGAAUGGCCUUUGUCGAACCAUCUAAGAAUAAAGGUGAAAUGAAUGAGGUGCCAAUCGUUCUCAAAGUCAUUGAGACUUUCUUGAGCAACUAUUUAAUCGGCGGAUUGAUCGAUGCAAUUGUGAAUAAAGCAAAGGAAAUUGAUGCUAAAGCCGGUGAAAGUACGGAGGAAAUUGUCGAGAAGAAAGAGCUAGACGAAUUGUUGGAUAAAUCUAAGGAUACAGAAAAUGAGCCUGAAGAAACAAAAGAACCUACCCCAAUAGUUCAGGAUGAUGCAAAUGUUUGGAAUGAUGAUGCUGGUUUAGUCACGAGUGAAAUUAAAGAAUUGAAACUUAAAACAGAUGAUAAAGAUGAGACACUACCCGCUCGGAGUACUUCUGAUCGAUCCGAUUCAAGAAUCAAUAUAAUGAACAUGGGUUCUUUAUUUUUUCAAUCGGUUCCAUAUAUUCACUACAAACUUAUUUCCACACUUCAGAACUUGGAGUACCCUGAAACCAUGGUGGAACUUGGCAAAGGGAAGACAGAAAAAAUGAAUUAUAUCAAUAUUGCAUGUGGCUUUGUUAACAUGUAUUAUGAGCCAUACUUGAUAGAUUUUUCUGAGCAGCUUCCAAUGAAAUGUAUUGAAUCUCUUAAAUUCAUGAUCAAAACUUGGAAAUCUAACAAAAUGGACGACCGUAAAAAAAUGGAGCGUGAAAUCAUGCGAAUGGUAGAUGAUCCUGGCACUAAGAAGAAGAAUUUUGAUAUGUUUUCGAGUUUUUCCAACAUCUUCAAUUUUCGGUCAAACAAAAAAUUGAAAACCACUAGUGAUGGAGAAAUAAAGACAAGUGAAGCCACAAAGGAAGAAGGUGAUGGUGUAACAAAGAUUUCGAAGAUGGCAGCAAAACUAAAGAUUCUCCAAAGUAAUGUCGAAGAGAUGAAGUCAUUAGUGAAUGUUGACUUGACAGUUUUAGCUUUACAACAUGUGAAAAACAGUUAUGAUCUUCUUUUAGGCUUGACCAAAUAUUCAAUGACUUCCGAUCUUAAAAGUCAGCUUUAUUCGACAUGUUCUGACAUUUUUAUUAACAUGCUUGGAGUUCUUAUUCAUGAGCAUAUCCAACCAGGAUUUAAUGAAGCAUUGGCAACACUCAGAGAUUAUAAACCAACAAAAUUUGAAGGAAAAUUAAACGCCAAUUCAGUUGCCGUGGUCCCACUUAAUAGCUUUGUUGAGUUGGUGAAAGUCGGUGACUUUGUGUUGCAAAUGGUGACCGUUUUUUAUCAGAAAGAAUUAGUUGCCAAUGGGGUAGUGAAAUCCAAAUCAGGAAAGUAUAAGGAUUUUCUAUCGAUGUCCCCGUGUGAGAAGGAAAUUAAAAAUUUUGAAACUAUUUUGGAUACGUAUGUGGCUGAUGGUCUUAACAUCAGUAUCGGCGUUAUCAUAAGUGAAGUGAGCUAUACUAUUCAGAGUUGUGACGCUAAUGAAACAACAUAUGAUAUUUCUGCCUCUGAUAACUCCGUAUAUAUAAAUGAUAAGGCCACUGAAUGGGUUCUUAGGUCAGUUCAAAUCUUAGAUACACACUUUUCCAUGCUACGAAGUUCAAUUGAUAAGGCAAUUCUUGAUGUUUUCAAUCAGGAAAUAGGAGAACGUUUUGUGGCCAUAUUUAUAAAGUUGUUGACUCAGAGGUUCAUCAUAUCAGUUACUGGUGCAAUGCCGUUUAUCAGGGAUGUGAAUUUUCUUUAUUCGUUUUUCCAGAGAUACAGGGUUAAAGCUACUGUUCAGUACUUUGCAAGUUUCAAAAAGAUAAGUCAGCUUUACCUAAUAGAUUGUUCUGAGAACAACAAGCAGUGCAAAGAGUUGGGAAAAUUGAUCAUCGAUAUUGGUAGGGACAAUGGAAUAUUUUCACCCGAAGAGGUUUAUCGAUUUGUAUCAAGAAGAAGCGAUUGGCUGAAAAUCAAGAAGUCAGUGGACAAAAUUAUGUACGGAUUUACUCCAGAGGAUUGUAUAAUUAUGUAG